AUGAAUUAAUCAGGUUUCGAAAAACCCCAUGUAUUAUAGAGUAUUAGUGAUGCUGAUAAGUUAUAAUUUUACAAUAGCACACGAUUAUGGCAUACUAAAUUUAAUUAUUAGUUAUUUGAUACAGAGGAACUCAAAAGUGUCCAUUUUGAAGAUAAUAAAAAAUUUAUUAUGAUACUUAAAUCAAUAUAAAAUUUCAAUAAAGAAGUAAGAAUUUAUAUAUUUCUCUUAUAGAUUUAAUAAUCCUAAAAGUAAAGUAGAUUUGUUCCAACUAUGCCUACACGUUACAAUUUUUAUUAAAAUAUUGUAAAUUUAUUAAGAGAAGCUGCAAUAGCUAAAGGAAGGGAUGCUUAAUUGAUUUUCUUAGAUAAGGUUUAUGGUUUUUUUUUAUAAAAUAAUCGAGAAGCAAUGAAAACUUAAGAUAAGGAAACAGGUAAUACAAGUUCAAGUGAGGAUUCAAGAUUUAUCAUUUAGGAUCAAUCAUAACCAUUACCUAGUCAAUAGAUUAAUGAUUAACUCAAGGAUUAUAAGGAUAAGAAAAGAACCAUACAUAAAAAUUGUGAUCCACCAUAAUUAAGGUAAUUAGAGUUAUUAUUAUUAUUUUAUAGAUUAAAAUUAUAUAAAAGAAGAUAAUUUAACUAAAUGAAUAAUAUGAUACCUCAAUUAUAAAUAAGAAGUACAUUUCCUAAGGUUGUAUCUAUACCAUAAAAAGAAUAAGAUGAGAAUCUAUAAUAAAGUUAAGAAUAAACAGAGGGUGAAAUAGUAAUAGAUGGAGAUUUAUUAGGGAAUGAUGAUGAUGAAGAAAAGAAAAAAAUAAUUGUAAAUAUGGUACCUAAGAUAAAAGUAUUUUAAAAAGAUGAUGUUAAUUUAGAAUUUAAAGAUUUAAAUUAAUAGUUUGAAAUUAGAUAAAAUUAUUAGUUAUAUUAACCAUCAAAUUAAGAAAUUGAAUUGAAUUUAUAAAAUAGAUGGAUUUAAUUUAGAUAAAAAGAAGCAGCAGAAAAAAAAAUGGAUGAAGAAAUAGUUAAUUCUAUGAAUAUUUGGUCAAAAAAUAAAGCUAGAAUAGAAAAAGAAAUUGAUAGAAGAAUAGAUUCAUAAUAUUAUGGAAGUAGAUAUGCUGAAAUUGAUAAAAGAAGAUCUUAAUCUGUUGGAUUAUCAUAUUAAUCAGAUCCAAAAGUAGUUAAUCUAAAACCAUUACCAACAAUUAUAUAAUCAUAAAAUAGAUAAUAUGAUUCUGUCAUUGAUGUUUCAUUUUUAGAAAGUAAAGCAUCUGCAUAAAGAGUCUUAAAUGCAAGAAGAGCAUAUAAAGAUAUAUUAAAUUUAAGUGCAAAUGAUGUUUAACCUGAUGAAUAACCAUCUUCUUUAUCAAUUUAUGCAAAUAAACUUAGAUCUAAUUCACUUCAUAAUAAAUUCUCUUAAUUAUUAUAAAGAAAUAGUCCAACAAGAAUGAAUGAAUUAAAUUUAUAAGAAGUAUUAGAUAUCAAAAAUAGAUUUGCCAAACAUAAAAUUCCCAUUUAAAUUAAUUCUUUGUUAUCUGGAAUUAUGGUACCUACUUAUAAAGAAGACAUUAAUAAUAAACUAAUGGAUAUUGGUCAAUCUAUGUUAUAAAACCCUUUCGAGGAAAAAAAAGGUAAAAAAAAGAAGAAGAAAAAGGAAUGA